AUGGAGCACAGGCAAGCAAAGGCUACCAAGAGAAAAGACCAAGCGUCCAGUGAGGCUCCCCCAGCAAAACGGAAGAAAGAAACGUCCUUUCUCCCAGCCAAGAAAACUGGUGUUGGAGAAACUAGGAGGGCUUUUAGGGGCAAUGCACAAAAAACAUUGUCUCCAAAGAAGAAUUGGGCUAACACAGGAGAUCAAAAGCAAGAGUAUAAGCCAUGCGUCAAGACUUCAUCGCUGUUCAAAAAUAACCCUGACAUCCCAGAACUCCACAGACCUGUGGUACAUCAAGUGCGAGAACAAGUAUUUGCUCCGGAGACCUUCCAGGAGCUGGGCCUGCACCCACAUCUCGUUUCUACAAUAAGUACUGUCUUAAAAAUAUGCACUAUGACCAGUGUUCAGAAGCAGAGCAUUCCUGUGUUGCUGGAAGGCAGAGACGCCCUGGUGCGCUCCCAGACAGGCUCAGGUAAAACUCUGGCCUAUUGUAUCCCCAUGGUCCAGUCCCUUCAAGCAAUGAAGUCAAAAAUACAGCGCAGUGACGGCCCCUAUGCUCUGGUUCUGGUGCCCACGAGGGAGAGGCAAUUUCAGAUUAAGGUGUCCGGUUCCUACCAAAUGACCCCGCUGCCUGCAGAGACCUGGUGGUGGAGGAGUUUCCAUUGGCCUUUCUCACAGCUGCAGCCUCGUGCUCUGCUUAUCGGCUUGGCCUGGGGACGGAGCGGGCACAGAGACUACCGAAAUUUACAACAUCGAGCUGGCUGCUUCACGAAUCCUGAAGUGGAGCUGGCCCUGCAAAGCUUUGACACUGUCCAGAAGCUGCUUAAGCCAUUCACCUGGAUCGUACCUGGAGUAUUGAUGGGUGGAGAGAAGAGAAAAUCAGAAAAGGCCAGGCUCCGCAAAGGAAUAAACAUCCUUAUCUCAACCCCUGGGCGUCUGGUGGAUCACAUAAAAUCCACAAAGAACAUUCAUUUCAGACGGAUGCAGUGGCUGAUUUUGGAUGAGGCAGAUAGAAUCCUGGACUUGGGUUUUGAAAAGGAUGUCACAGUGAUACUCAAUGCUGUAAAUGCCCAGUGCCAGAAGCGACAGAACGUCUUACUGUCCGCCACGCUCUCAGAAGGUGUAGCACGGCUAGCUGAUAUCAGUUUGCACAAUCCAGUCAGUAUUUCUGUUCUGGACAAAAGUCAUGACCAGUCUAACCCAAAGGACCAAGUGACCCAGGAAGUCACUCCUCCCCAAGCUGCUGACCAGCUGGAUGCCUUUGCCAUACCAGAGAGUCUCGACCAGCAUGUGGCACUGGUGCCCAGCAAACUGCGACUUGUGUGCCUCGCAGCCUUCCUCCUCCAAAAGGGCAAGCUGGAGCAGGACCAGAAGGUGAUCGUCUUCUUCUCGAGCUGCGAGCUGGUGGAGUUCCACUACCACCUCUUCCUACAGACCCUGCUGAACCGCCUGCGGGCCCCAGCCCCGGGGCAGCUGCCUUCUGCCUCACCGCAACUGGCAUUCCUACGGCUACACGGCAACAUGGUGCAGGAGGAGAGAACAUUGGUGUUCCAGGAAUUCUCACGUUCCAGAACAGGCAUCCUCCUCUGCACGGAUGUUGCAGCUCGUGGCUUAGAUCUCCCACAAGUCACAUGGAUUGUUCAGUACAGCGCCCCGUCUUCACCUGCAGAGUACAUCCACCGGAUUGGAAGAACCGCCCGGAUUGGCUGCCACGGGAGCAGCCUGCUCAUCUUGGCUCCUUCGGAGGCAGAAUAUGUCAACUCGUUGGCUGCUCACAAAAUCAACAUUUCUGAAGUUAAGAUGGAAGAUAUUUUGUCCAUUCUGACAAAGGAUGAUUGUUUUAAAGGAAGAAAAAGAAACCACAAAUCCCACGCUGCUGGCCCCCAGGAAAUCCGUGAGCGAGCCACAGUCUUGCAGACAGUAUUUGAAGAUUACGUACACUCCAGUGAGAGGAUGGUCUCCUGGGCAAAGAAAGCCCUGCAGUCCUUCAUCCGCGCCUAUGCUGCCUAUCCCAGGGAGCUGAAGCAUAUCUUCCACGUACGAUCCCUCCACCUUGGGCACGUGGCCAAGAGCUUUGGGCUCAGAGAUGCACCCAGGAAUCUCAGUGUCUCCACUGCGAAGAAGAGGAGGGCAAACCUGAAAAGGCCCGGCCUUCGCAAGAAGACCCAGAGCACACACCAUCUCGCCCAGGUCCUGCGCUCUGAAUAUGCAAGUGGCCUGGAGGCUUCGAGAGGAGGCCAGAAGGCGAAGCCAUCAGGAAACCUGUAGCCAAGGGAAAACAGAACUACCCUGGAGCCAGAAAACCCGGAGACAACUGAGGACAGCAGCACUUCCUCUCCUCCCUGGGACUAGGCCUCCGAGUGGCUCUGAGGCCUGUUCUCAUCAGAGGAGGCACCUCUCCCUGGACACCCAGACCCCAGGACUCAGACGUCAGGGCCAGCCCUGACCCCUUGGCAGAGGAGCCACGAUGGAGUGAGUGGGGAGGGGCAGCCAGCAGGUCCACUAGUCAGGUGACGGCAGAAGAGAGGUCUUACAGGUGCUCCUCUGUGCCGGACGCCCAGCACCAGCGCGGUCUGCGGUGAUGGCACCCUCCCCUCGCCCACCCCGUGGCCUUGUCCAAAGAAGCUUCACAGCUUGACCUCUGCCCUGCCCUAACCCUAACCUCUGCCCUGCCCAUGCUGGUGUUGGCAUGAAUGAUGUGAAAUGGUUAAAAACUGGACUUGAGUUUGUACAAAAAAGUAUUUGUCAAGUAGUUAUUUUCUUUAUGUUCAAAUGCUUUUUUUAAUGAAGAACCAUAAAGUCUGGGUCAAAAUACAAACAAUGGUGGGCCUUCUGCCCCUCCUCUGUCGCCACAGUGUCGCCUGGUGUGUGGACUUCCCUUCCUGCGCAGGGAAAACUCUCGGAGGCUGGCCGGCUCUCUGUUGCCUUGUUAUUACUUGCCUUUCAAGUCAAAAGGCCUGGGCUUUUCUUCCCAUCAAAUCCCAUCUUGCCUUCAAGAAAGGUUUGGGGUCUUUGUCUUGUGACCCAGACCUUAGCUGCCCCCCACUAUUGUGUCUCUGGGAGGUUUGAAAGAGGACCCCUGGAGCGUAUUGAUUUCCCAAUAAAUGUAAGAUCUGGACAUGAGAGGGCUUCACAAGAGACAGCCGGGAGCCAGGCCCCACUCAGGCCUGUUCCUUGCGCUUGCUCUGCACUGUGGCCCGAACCUCCUUGGCUUUCCCAGGACAGAGUGAGGCAGCACUUCAGUGACCCCGCAGCUCCAGGAGAACUGGGAGAGGGUGGCAAGAAGGGCCCCUCACCACCUCCUGGCUGGUCGCAGCAGUAGGUGUGUUUCACAUGGUUUGGACAAGAACUGGAGGAACCAGCUUUUCACGGCUGAGACCCAGCUGUGAGAACAGGAUGCCACGUGUGGUCCGGACCACCAGUGUGAGCCCCCAGCACACCUUCUGUCCAGGGGGACUUGCAGAGUCUUUCAGUCCUCCAGAAGCACUGUCAGAACUUCUCAAACUGUGGUGACUUUAAUUCAAAUAUCUAAUUCACUAAGUAUCAGGUGAGGGUGCCUCACUAGAGAUGUUGUGUUGUGUGCUUCUAAAUAAAAUCAACAUAUUACCACCCUCCUAAUAAAGAAACAUGGAUUUAGCAGA